CAGUCGGUGUUCGCCAGUAAACAUUCAAAAUGGCGCAAUAAACAAAAGGACAGGUCCCGGUUUGUUCGUCCGUAGUUUUUUUUCCGCUCAUGAAUGUAGGGACAUACUCGGCCCAUCUAUCUAUAAUUAAUAUUUGCCAUUAUUUAUUCUGUUGGCUGUCGCCUGCCAAUUUUCGACAUCGCAAGGCGGUGUGCGCUUUCCUGAUCUGAAGUUUUCGUAUUGGCUAUAAACUCAAAGUUCAAAUUAAAAACAAAUAACAUGUUAGAAUCGUAGUAGCUGUAAUACCAUUAUUGUUGCACUAUCGAUUUCAAAAUGAUACAGCGGUUUUGUUUGUUGGGGAUUUUGAUUUUCAUCAACAAACCAUUGGCAACAAGUACAUCUGACGAUUCCAUCGAUGGAAAACUUAUCAGGUCUUGUAAACCAAAUCAAUUUUUAUGUGGUUCUGGYGAAUGUAUACCUUUAAAAUGGAAAUGUGACUUUAGCCCUGAUUGUGCUSAUGGAUCUGAUGAAUUUGAUUCAUGUGGCCUUCCAACAUGCAAGUAUUCUCAGUUCCAAUGUGCAUUAUCAAAAAAAUGUAUACCACAAGAAUGGAUAUGUGAUGGCGAACUUGACUGUGGAGCUUCUUUAAAUUCUACAGAACAAGAUGCAUCUGAUGAAGACUCAUUGCAAUGUCAAAAACCUAGUAGUUGUCCUCCAAAUAUGGCGAGAUGUGGUAAUUCGACUCAGUGUACAUAUAUUGAAUCGUUUUGUGAUGGUACUGCUCAUUGUGAAAAUAGCACUGACGAAGGAAGUUUUUGUGGGACUAUUGUUCCAUGUCAUGGUUUAAAUUGCACUCACGGAUGUAAGCCAACUGGAAAAGGUCCAGCUUGUUUUUGUCCUGAAGGAAUGCAACCUCRUAAUAAUGAAUGUAUAGAUAUGGAUGAAUGUGAAGUUUUAGAUUAUACUUGUGAUCAAAUAUGUACUAAUAAAAUAGGAUCUUAUAGUUGUAGUUGUGUUCCUGGUUAUAUUCAAAUUAAUUCAACAUGUAAAGCUAUCAAUGUUCCUGAAAAUGAACAUGCAUCAAUACUUGUUAGUACUUCUAAAGAUAUUCGAAGAAUAUACCUUAAUGGAAGUUCUUAUGCAGGCCAAAGAUGUAAUGUCCAAGCACUUUCUUUGACAUUUGAUCAUAGAAAUCAAACAGUUUGUUUUGUACAUCAAUACAACAAAACUAAUGGAACUAAAUUGAGUUGUGCUAAUAUUGAUAAUCUUUCUGURUAUUGGGAUUUACCUUCACCUACAUUUUUUCCAUUAUUAGCGACUACUCAUGUGGCAUUAGAUUGGGUAUCAAGAAACUGGUAUUAUGUUGAUGAUGAUCGAGAUAUGAUAUAUAUGUGUACUUCUAAUAUGAAAUAUUGUGAAAUUUUGAUUGAUGUUAAUUUGAAUAAACCUAGAAGUAUUGCUUUGGAUCCAACUAAAGGAUUUAUGUUUUUUACAAAAUGGGGACAAUAUCCUGCAAUGGUAGAAAGAGCUCAACUUUCAGGUCUUGAUAGAGUACCUUUGGUUGAACAAAAAAUAGUUUUUCCAUAUGGAUUAACUGUAGAUAUUCCAUCAGAACAUAUUUAUUGGGUGGAUACUUACUUAGAUUUUGUWGAGAGAAUUAAUUAUGAUGGAUCGAAUCGGCGUACAAUAAUAAAAGGAUAUCCUGUUAUAAAUUUAUAUGACAUAUCUGUGUUUGAAAAUCAUAUGUAUGUAACAUCUUGGAGAUUACAAAGUGUUAUAAAACUUAAUAAAUUUAACAGCAGUUAUUAUGAAUCUUUUAUCACAAACUUAAGUCGUCCAUUCACAAUUCAUGUAUAUCACAGACAAGAACAACCAGAAAUUAAUCAUCCAUGUAUGAUCAAUAAUGGUGGUUGUGAUCAUAUUUGUGUUACUGCUUAUAAAAAUAAAGAAGCUAUUGCCCACUGUUUAUGUCAACCUGGUUACAGACUUACUUCUGGAAAAUGUAUUUCAUCCAAAUUGCCUGCAUUUUUGAUAUUUGGUAAAAGUAAUCCACCAAUGAUUAAAGGCAUAUCUAUGAACUCAAAAAAUCAUAAACAUCAAAUUAUUUUACCAUUGGAUGCAGACAGAAAGCCUACAACUAUUGAUUAUGAUGUCAAAACACAAUCGAUAUAUUAUUCAGGAGGAAAAAAAAAUGCAAUUGAACGAAUGAGAUUAAAUGGAACAAAGAAAGAAUUAGUAAAAAUGUUACCAGAAAUGAAUUGUGAAGGUUUGGCUAUUGACUGGACUGGUCGAAAUUUAUUCUGGACAGAUGAAAGUUUGGGUACAGUUAAUGUAUUUAAAAUUGAUGAUCCAACUAAGCAAAAAGUAUUGAUAACCAAUAGAGUUCAUCAUCCUAGAUCCAUUGUACUAGAUCCUAAAAACGGUUUCAUGUACUGGGGAAAUUGGCCUCGAGGCUCUACUAGCUCUGGUGGAAAUAUUGAGAGAGCUUGGAUGGAUGGAAAUAAUCAAACAAAUUUUGUUAAUGUGGAUGUUGAAUGGCCAAUGAGCUUAACCUUGGACUUUUUUACUAGAAAGUUGUACUGGUCAGAUGUUUACAAGGAUAGAAUAGAAUGUAUUGAUUUGGAUGGUAGUAACAGGGAAAUUAUUAAACGAUCAAUUCCUUAUCCUUAUGGAAUUGCUAUAUAUAAUAAUUUAUUAUUUUGGACUGAAACUGUUUCUACUGGAGUAUUGGUGAAAAGCUAUGAUUUAGUAAAUAAAUCUCAAGAAACAUUAGGAAUUGAAAAUCCUCCACUUUAUACAUUAAAAGUAUAUAAUAGUGAAGCUCAAGUCAAAGCGUCUCCAUAUUGGUGUGAAAAUUUAGAUUUAUGUCCUGGAUUAUGUAUGUCUACUCCUAAUGGACCAGUUUGUAUGUGCAAUGAUGGUUAUCUGUUGAAAACAACUUAUGAUAAAAAAAAAGAAUGCGUCAAGUCUAGUAAUUAUUCUACUCCCAAUACCUGUAAAACGGACGAAUUUCAAUGUAUUAAGAAUAAACAGUGUAUAUCAAUGAAAUAUGUAUGUGAUGGAGAUAAUGAUUGUGGAGAUGGUUCAGACGAAGACACUUCAGAAUCUGCUGCAAAUGAAUGCGAAUUAUCAUCUGAUUGUUCACAUAUUUGCCAAAAUAGUCCUGAUGGUUACAUAUGUUUAUGUCCUACAAACAUGAUUCUUCAAAAUGAUAAUACCACAUGUUCAGUUGUGAGCCCUUGUAGUACUUGGGGACGUUGUUCUCAAAAAUGUGUAAAGCUUGGCCACUAUGGACACAAAUGUACUUGCAAUGAAGGUUAUCUACUGGCUACAGAUCAUUUUACUUGUAAAAGUAUAGAUACUAAUAUACCUCAAAUAAUAUUUAGUAACAAACAUGAAAUACGAGGAAUUGAUCUUGUUACAAGGAAUGUCAAAUCGUUAAUUUCUAGUUUGAAAAACACUGUUACAUUAGAUUUUUACCAUGCUAAAGAUGGAACUGAUACGGUCUAUUGGACUGAUGUAAUGGAUGAUAAAAUAUAUAAAGGAAAAAUAAUUGGUGGAUCAUUGAGCGACAUAGAAGUUGUAGUUCAAAAUGGCUUAACUACAGCUGAAGGACUUGCUGUUGAUUGGGUAGCUGGAAAUAUUUAUUGGGUUGAGAGUAAUUUAGAUCAAAUCGAAGUGGCUAAAUUAAAUGGAAGUUUUCGAAGGAGUUUAAUUGCUGGGGACAUGGAAAGUCCUAGGGCCAUUGCAUUAGAUCCAAGAUAUGGCUAUUUAUUUUGGACUGAUUGGGAUUCGUCAGCACCACGAAUUGAACGAUGCAGUAUGGCUGGUGAAUUUCGUCAAACUAUUGUAUUCGUAAGCAUGUAUUCUGAUGGAGAAUGGCCAAAUGGAUUAACAUUAGAUUACGAAUUAAAUCGUAUCUAUUGGAUUGAUGCUAAAUCAGAUACAAUACAUACGGUUGAUUAUAACGGUCAUAAUCAUCAUCUCGUAUUGAAGGGUCAUGAGCUUCUUUCUCAUUCAUUUGCUAUUACUCUUUUUGAAAAUGACGUGUAUUGGACUGAUUGGAGAAGUAAUUCAGUGAAUAAAGCUAAUAAAUGGACUGGUUUAAAUGUAACUGUUGUGCAGCAUACUGUUACACAACCAUUUGAUAUAAAAAUAUUGCACCCUAGCCGACAACCAAAAGGUUUAACUAUUGAUCAAGAAACAAAUACACUUUAUUGGGUUAAUUCUGAUAAACAUUCUAUACAGUCUUAUAGUAUACAAGAUUCUAGGAUAAACCCUUCUUUAAAUUUACCAGAAGAAGGUUUUCCAUCAUCUAUUGCUUUAUAUAAAAAUAAUAUAUACUAUGUGGACAACAGAUUAAUGAAUAUUCGAGUUGCAAAUAAAAUUACUGGAGAUGAAAAUGUUAUUUUUCGUAACAUAACUGCAGAUGUGUAUGCAUUGAGUCUUUAUGAUCCAUCUUUACAAAUGGGCAUCAACCCUUGUUCAAAAAAUAGAGGAAUGUGCUCUCAUCUUUGUUUACCUACUUCUGCUGAUCAUUGGGUUUGCAGUUGUGCUAUUGGAUACACUAUUGAUCCAAAAGAUAAGAAAAAAUGCAUUGGUGUCAGUGAAUUUUUACUAUACACCGUGGAGUCUGAAAUCAAAGGCAUAUCUUUAGUAAAAAAUGAUUCAAGUCAAGUUCUAAGUCCACUAUCUAAAACAUCAAUGGCAUAUAGCAUAGAUUUUUAUGAAGAAUAUAUAUACUGGUCGGAUGAUGAGCAAGGCACUAUUAUGAGAAUAAAACGUGAUGGAACUGGUCGACAAAUAAUUGUAAAUCAUGAACAUUCUGGUGAGACAUCAGGUGCUUGGGUAUCAGGAAUUGCUAUUGAUUGGAUCGCUGGCCAUAUUUAUUGGGCUAAUCCGUCUUUAAAUAUUAUUCAAGUGGCUUAUCUUAAUGGAUCUAAUGCUUAUGUGGUGGUAGAUAGUGGAGAUACCAUGGAGAGGCCUAAUUCAUUGGCUGUAGAUCCUGUUGCUGGUUUUAUUUUUUGGAGUAUUCGACGUUAUCAUGGAGUCUCAAGAGCGACUUUAGAUGGUAUGAAUAGAAAGAGUAUUUUACUURAUAAAGAUCAACCAUAUGUCGAAGAUAUUACAUUGGAUUACACGAACCACAAAUUAUACUUUUGUCAACAAAGUUUGAUUGGCCGUUGUAAUUAUGAUGGUACUGAAUAUGAAAUAUUAUAUGAAGAUAAAGAUAGUAACCCUGCAAGUGUUGUUGUACAUAAUGGUUAUAUUUAUUGGCUUGGAAUUAUGCAAGUACAAGGUUCAUCAUCAUUAAUGGUUUCCCCUAUUAAUAAUUUAUCUGCAUCUGAGGAAUUAACACGAGAAUUUGGAGAACAUCCAAAAGAUGUGCAAAUAUUUUCAAAAAGUCGUCACCAGGGAUCUAAUAUUUGUACUGUUCAUAAUGGAGGAUGUCAAGAACUAUGCUUAUUUAAUGGGACCCACGGGGUUUGUGCUUGUGCACAUGGUAUUGUUGGAUCUGAUGGGAAGAAAUGUGAAGAUUAUACUACAUUUCUCAUGUAUUCUCGAGUGGAUAAAAUUGAUAGUGUUACUAUAUUUGAAAAUCCAAAUUUGAACACACCAUUUAGAGUCAUGCAGUCAAAAACUUUUAUGCAGAAUAUAAUUGCUUUGUCUUAUGAUUAUGCACGUUCUUUAUUAUUUUACUCUGAUAUUCAACGUGGAACUAUUGAUGCUAUUCAUUUUAAUAAUACAGGCCAUAGAGUAAUAGCAGAAAAUCAAGGUUCUGUAGAAGGUAUUGACUAUGAAAUGAGUGAAAAUAUGUUGUACUGGACAAACAGUUAUGCAUCUAUAAGUCGAUUAAAUUUAAGCCAACCAGAUGCUGUUCCUGAGAUAGUUUUGAAAUUAGGACAAUCAGAUAGACCACGUGGCAUAGCAAUUGACAUCUGUGAGAUACUGAUUUUUUGGACCAAUUGGAAUGAUUUAAAACCGAGCAUUCAAAGAGCUUAUGUUAAUGGAUUUAUGUUACAAUCAAUUAUAACAACUGAUAUUCAGAUUCCUAAUGCUCUUACAAUAGAUCAUACAACUCAUAAACUAUAUUGGGGCGAUGCAAAGUUAGAUAAAAUCGAGCGAUGUGAAUAUGAUGGAACAAAUCGCGUGGUACUUGCUGAAUUAUAUCCUCAACAUCCAUUUGACAUUGCUGUAUAUGGUGAUUAUUUUUUUUGGACUGAUUGGAUGUUAAAUGCAGUCUUACGAGCUGACAAAUACACUGGUGAAAAUAUUGCAUGGAUAAGAAAAGAUGUCCAUAGACCUAUGGGGAUAGUCGCAGUUGCUGAAAAUAUUAAUGAUUGUAGUAGAAAUCCAUGCAGAUUAUUCAAUGGACAGUGUGAAGAUAAAUGCAAUUUAAAUAUUAAAGGUGCUGUUGAAUGUUCUUGUUUUAACAACCGUACACUUCUACCCGAUAAACAUAGAUGUGUUGAAAACAAAUUAGAAAAUAAUUGUUCAAAUAAUGAAUUUUGGUGUUCAUCUAAUGAAUGUAUACCCUUUGAAAACACUUGUGAUGGUAUAAACCAUUGUCUUGAUGAAUCUGACGAAGAUUUAAAAUAUUGUGCCACAAGAUCUUGUCCAGAAGGAUUUUUCUCUUGCCCAGAUUUAAAACAAUGUCGUCCAAAUAGCAAAAAAUGUGACGGACUUUUUGAUUGUUUGGAUGGUUUUGACGAAUUAGAAUGUUCUUGUAGAAAUACUACUUUCUUCCGUUGUAAAUCUGGUGAAUGUGUAGCUCCAAAUUUACGUUGUGAUCAUGAUCCUGACUGUAGUGAUGCAAGUGAUGAAAUUGGUUGUGAUCUUAAGAUUUGCGAAGAUUUGGUUUUAAAUGCUAAAAUAAUAAGCUGUAAUACAACUACUGCUUGUAUCCAUCCAAAUUGGAUUUGUGAUGGUCAAAAUGAUUGUUGGGAUAAUAGUGACGAACAAAAUUGCUCAACAAUAAAACAUCUARCUCCUGAAGAAAAUAAUUGUUCAUCUGUUGAUUUUAAAUGUUCAAAUGGUAAAUGUAUUUCUAAAUCAUGGAAAUGUGAUGGUGAUGAUGAUUGUGGUGAUUCAUCAAAUACCUCUUUGCCUUCUUCAGAUGAGAUAAAUUGCCCUAUAAAAUGUAAAUCAACUGAAUUUUAUUGCAAAACCAAAUUUGAAACAUACGAGUGUUUACCAGCAUCAUGGCUAUGUGAUGGAACUCCAGAUUGCUUGGAUAGUUCUGAUGAACCAGUAAAUUGCUUAAGUAGAAAUUGUUCAAGUAGUGAUUUUCAUUGUAAUAAAACUGGACGAUGUAUACCAUCUACUUGGGUAUGUGAUAAAGAUGAUGAUUGUGGUGAUGGUUCUGAUGAGAACGAAGAAAAAUGUUUAAUUAGCAAUUCAACUUGUCCUAUAACCAAGUUUGAAUGCGUUAAUAAGAAAUGCAUUUUUGAGGCAUAUUAUUGUGAUGGUCAUGAUGACUGUGGAGACAAUUCAGAUGAGCCUGAAAACUGUAAGGUAUGUGAUUCUGCUAAAGAAUUUAUGUGUGAAAAUGGUGCUUGCAUUUUAUUAACUGACGUAUGCAAUGGUAAAAAUGAUUGCGGUGACAAUUCUGAUGAGAAUUUUCACACCGAAGUGUGUAAACAUUAUAAAAAUGAAAGUUGUUCAUGGCCUAAUAAUUUCUUUUGCCAUAAUAAAGUGUGUAUCAAUGCAAAUCUUACCUGUAAUGGACAAGAUGAUUGUGGAGAUUUUAGUGAUGAAGACAAGUGUAAUGUUAAUGAGUGUGCACUAGAAUCUAUUACUCAAAUUUUUCGUCCUUGUGAGCAUAUUUGUAUAGAUCAUCCUGUUGGUUAUGAAUGUAAAUGCCAUCCUGGCUAUAAGUCCGUGGGUACCUCAUGCCAUGACAUAAACGAAUGCAAUUCUACUGAAAUAACAAAACCUUGUAACCAAAUAUGUUAUAACACCAUAGGAUCUUAUAAAUGUGACUGUACUGCAGGUUAUACAUUAUUACGAGAUGGUUUUUCAUGCAAAGCUUCAACAAUUGAAAAGCCAAUGCUUAUUUUUGCUAAUAAACACAAUAUCAAACAAAUUGAUUUACGAGGAAUGAAAAUUGAAAUUGUAGUAGAUAAUUUAACUAAUGCUGUUGCGGUUGAUUAUGAUUAUGCCGAUAGUUGUUUCUAUUGGUCUGACAUUUCCAAUCAAGGCAGUACAAUCAAACGAAAAUGCAAAGACACGGCUUCUGAGAGAUUACAUGGCCCAGUCAUUAAAAGUCCUGAUGGUAUUGCGGUGGACUGGGUUGCUAAAAACUUAUAUUGGUGUGACAAGGGUAAAGACACAAUCGAGGUGUCUAAGUUAAAUGGUCAAUUUAGAAAAGUUUUAAUAAGUAAAAGCUUACAAGAACCUAGGGCCAUCAGUUUAGAUCCUAUUCGAGGAUAUAUGUAUUGGACUGAUUGGGGGGACGUGCCUUAUAUUGGUAAGGCUGGAAUGGACGGUAGUGAGCCUAAAGCUAUUUUAAAUGAAUCUCUUGGUUGGCCAAAUGCCUUAGUAAUAAGCUUAGCUACAGAAGAACUUUUUUGGGCUGAUGCAAAAGAGGACUAUAUUGCUUAUUCUGACUUAAAUGGAAACAAUAGACAUGUUAUUAUGAGUAGAAAAAUUGAUCCUUUUAUGAAUAUACAUCAUGUAUUUGCUAUCACUUUAUUUGAAAACUUUGUUUAUUGGUCUGAUUGGGAAACAAAAAGCAUUCAUAAAUGUCAUGUAUAUUCAGGCCAAGAAUGUCGAAAUGUUACAUCACUUCUUUACAGGCCGAUGGAUAUUAAAGUUGUACAUCCUCUUUUACAACCAUCAAGAGCAUAUAACCCAUGUGAAAAAAAUAAUGGCGGAUGUAAAGGUUUGUGUCUAUUAUCGCCAAAUUUGGGUAGAACAUGUGCWUGUCCGCAAGAUUUUAUUCUUGCACCAGACAAUAUGAAUUGCAUUGCAAAUUGUUCUUCGUCACAUUUUGUGUGUGCUAAUACAUUUAAAUGCAUACCCUUUUGGUGGCAUUGUGAUAAACAUGAUGACUGUGGUGAUGGUUCUGAUGAGCCUGAUACUUGUUCAGAUUUUCGGUGUACUCCAGGGCAGUUCCAAUGUAAAAAUCAUCAAUGUAUACAGCCUUCACAAAUAUGUAAUGGCAUAUUUGAUUGUAAAGACAAUUCUGAUGAAGAGAAUUGUGGAAAUUAUACAUGUCUUGAUACGGACUUUAAAUGUCAACAUGGUUCUAAAUUCAGUAAAUUACYAAUGCCAACUUGUAUAUCAAAUCAGCUAAAAUGCAAUGGUCGUAAUGAUUGUUUGGAUGGCGAAGAUGAGAAAAAUUGUAAAUCAAAAACAUGUGGUUCAAAAGAGUUCAAAUGUGAAAUUACUGGGAAGUGUAUUCCAAAUGUGUUUAUCUGUGAUGGUGAAUAUGAUUGUGGUUUUGGUGAUAAUUCUGAUGAACCAGAAAAUUGUACUUCGAGAUCAUGUUCACCAGAUGAAGUGCGUUGUAAAAAUGGUCGAUGUAUCCAUUCAACAUGGAUGUGUGAUGGGGAAAAUGAUUGUCCUGAUAUGGACGAUGAACCACCUUCAUGUUAUAAUAUCACUUGUGAUCCAACAUACUUUAAGUGUGCUAAUGGAAAGUGUAUUCCAGGUCGUUGGCGAUGUGAUUAUGAAAAUGACUGUGGUGAUAGAUCUGACGAAAUUGGCUGCUCACCUAGAAAUUGUUCAGAAUAUGAAUUUCGAUGCUCUGAUGGUCGAUGUAUACCAGCUAGUCAAAAAUGUGAUGGUAAAAUAAACUGUUCAGAUCAUAGUGACGAAGAUGAAUGUGAUUCACGUAUUACUUGUGGUAGUGACGACUUUCACUGUAAUGGUUCCUAUCAUUGUAUUUCACCAAAAUGGAGGUGUGAUGGGGAUCAAGACUGUCCUGAUGGUUCUGAUGAGUGGAAUUGUACAGAUAAACUUGGAAAAGGAUGUUCAAUCAGUCGUAAUGGUCAAUUUGUUUGUAAAAAUGGUGAUUGCAUAUCACUUGGAAAUAGAUGUGAUGGCGAAGAAGAUUGUGCCGAUGGUAGUGAUGAAAAUCGAACUAUGUGUGCAUUAGUAGCUUGUCCACCAGGAAAAUAUCGCUGUGACAAUCAUAAUUGUGUAUUUAAUACAAAUGUCUGUGAUGGUUUGGAUCAUUGUGGUGAUGGUUCGGAUGAAACUAAAACGGCAUGUGCCAGUGCUAGUGAAAUAUGCGAUUCAAGUAAAUUUAGAUGUGCAAAUGGGCUAUGUAUAAACAGACAUCUUCGCUGCAAUGGAUUUUUUGACUGUCCAGAUAAUUCAGAUGAACAACUAUGUAAUGUUACUAAAACAUCAUGCCAAUAUGGGACAUGCUCUCAGAUUUGCGUACCUAAAAAAAACUYUACUCAUUCUUGUCAUUGUGCCUCUGGUUAUAGYGUAACUCUUCCUAAUAAAUCAUGUCAGGCUAUUGGCACUCCAGCAUUAUUAGUUGUAGCUAACAACGAAGGAGAUAUUUUCUUUGUUGAUCCAUACAAAUCUCAUGAGAACUUAUUUAAAUAUUCUGCUGUUACAAUACCAUCUCAUAAAAUACAUUCAAUUGAUAUAUUGUGGACAAUAAAUGAAACAUAUCUGUUUUGGAGUGAUCAUAACUCUAAAGCCUUAUAUUCCACAAUUAUUGAUAAAUCAAAUCGAACUACCCGUGAUGUAAAUAAUGCUAAAAAAAUCAUUCAAACUAUAGGCACCCCUGAAAGUAUUGCUGUGGAUUGGAUUACAAAAAAUUUGUAUUGGAUUGAAACUUCCGACAGAACUAAAGCUAUUAAAGUAGCUACACUGGAUGGGAAAAAUAUAAGAACUUUGGUAAAACUUGAAAUAGAGCGUAGACCACAAAAUAUUGUGUUAGAUCCUCAGUCUGGAAAAAUGUAUUGGACUGAUUUGGGUCGUAAACCACAUAUUGAAACAUGUUCAAUGGAUGGUUACAACAGACGAACAUUUAUUAGUGAGUCUGUUCGUAGCCCUGCAGGUAUCACAAUUGAUUAUGCUGCUCGCCGUUUGUAUUGGUCAGACACUAAGCCUUACACUAUAGAAUCUGUUUUAUUAGACGGAAAAGGACGCAAAGUUAUUCAUAAAUUUCCUAAAGGUAAACAUCCAACUAAUAUUGAGUUAUUUGAGGAUUCAAUUUAUGUAUCACUUUUGACGACAAUUGUAAAAAUUGACAAGUUUGAUGAUAAGAAUGUAACUAUCUUAUCUAAAAAUAUCUUUAGGGCUACAGACUUAGUUAUUAUGCAAGAGAAUAAACAUUCAAAAGACUUGAUAAACUAUUGUGUUAUAAAUCCAUGUCAUCAUACUGCAUUGUGUACUUUGAGUACGAAUCCUAAAAAUAGAACUUGUAUGUGUGCUGAUGAUCAAGUAGAAGUUCCCUCAUUGACGGAUGACAUUGAAUGUGUAGAUAAGCAAACUCCUCCUUUAAUUUGUGAUCCAUCAUGUGAUAUGGGUGAAUGUGUUUUAAAUGUGACAUCAGCAUUAGGUUAUUGUAAAUGUAAUCCAUUUUUUGGUGGAAAGACUUGUAAUGAGUAUGAAUGCCAUAAAUAUUGUCACAAUAAAGCCUCUUGUUAUGUACUCCAUGAAGACAUACUGGAAGAAUCCAAACUUAAGUGUCUAUGUUCUAUUAAUUGGACUGGUGAUAGAUGUGAUAUUCCUGUACCUCCAAAUGGUUGUCCAAAAGGGGUUUGUUUAAAUGGCGGAACUUGUAUUGACAAUAUUUGCGACUGUAUGGAUGGCUUUACAGGUGAAUUUUGUGAAAAAUGUGUGAAUGUUGAUUGUAAAAAUGGAGGAAUAUGUGUUUUAUCUGAUUCUGGCCAUGGAGAAUGUCAGUGUCCUGCUGGAUAUACGGGCCCCUCAUGCACUAAAUCAGAUUGUGAUAACUACUGUAUUAAGGGAACUUGCUAUUUAGAUUCCAAUGGUCCUAUUUGUAAAUGCCAUGAAGGAUAUACUGGCCCACAUUGUGAAUUUGUCAAUUGUGAUAUCAAUAAUUGUUUAAAUGGCGGAUCAUGUUAUAUCAAAGACAAUGGAACUGCUUGUUUAUGUUUGCCACAAUUCAAAGACCCAACUUGUCGUAUUGAUAUUUGUAACUGUACAUGUGAUAAAAAUGACCACGAGUGUCACAUAUAUUGCCCUCCCAAUCGGAAAUAUCCAUUAUGUGAUCAAUUAAAUGCUACCACGAAUUUGUGUCAUCCAGAAAUGUGCAAAAAUGGCGGUACUUGUAUCAUUGUUGAUGGACUACCUGCCUGCAGAUGUGUUGGCCUUUGGGGUUCAUCUGACUGUAGCAAUAUAAUUGUGGACUCUGGAUCUUGUUUGGGUUAUUGUUAUAAUAAUGGUACAUGUUACAUGGAAUCAAAUUCAGGUGUAGAUGAACCUAAUUGUAAAUGUAGUUCAGGAUGGACUGGACCACGGUGUACUGAUCRGUUUACUUGUGCAAAUUAUUGUAUUAAUGGUGGCACAUGUAUAGAGCCUGAAGAAUCAMUUGGGAUAUUAUCAUGCCAUUGUCAAAAAGGUUAUGUUGGCGAUAGAUGCCAAACCCAAUUAAUAGUAGAAUAUACGUCUACAGAUCAACAAAAUAAACACACUAUAAAUGCUUUGUGGGUAAUAUUCUUAAUAAUUGUACUGUCAAUUAUCAUUACUGCUACUACAUAUUAUUUCACCAAGCUUAGAAGAAGAGGUCGUUCAUUUUUACAUGUAAGAAUGCAAGAAAAUGCAGAAGUCAAUAACCCAAUGUAUAUACUAGAUGAUAUAGAUGAUGAAGAUGUUAAUCUGGAUCGUUCUUUUCCAUUACAAGAAAAACCUAGUGGACAUUUUGGAAACCCAGUAUACGAUUCUGUGUACAGUGCUAGUAGUAGUGCAUCUGUGACUGGCAGUGAAGAAAGCAAAGGUCUUCUACAGAGCACUAAUUUAACAAAUCAAAUAUUGUCACCAGGAAAUAGCCACGAUGAAACAUAASAGUAAAUUACUUACUAAUACCUAGUAUACUAAUUUUAAAAACUUUUUACCAAUAUUAUAGUUCGGCAGUUUAAAACAAACAAUUAAAGAAUKACCUGCUUGGUUAUUUCUCCUUAUUCCUUUCUCAUAUGCAGCUAAUUGUAGAUUAUGAUAAUUAUUUUGUACAGCUAUUCACUAUCAUUAAUACUAGUUCCUAUUUCUGUAUGAAAAAAUAAUAACAGUACAACAAUGUUUUCUAUUAUAGUACUAACUUAAUAAUAAGUAUAAACUAUCCAUGGUAAAAUGUAUCUAUAUCAGUAAAUCGAAAAUUAUAUUUGAUAAUGGCAGUUGAUGACGAUUUAAUAUAAGGUACUGAUCAUUUUUUUUGUAUUAUAUGCGGAUUAGAUUUUGUUUUAGAUAGAUUUUCUGUAAUCUGACAAUGUAGAACUCCAGUUUAAAAAAAAAAUUUGUUUAGUAGUUAUUUAGAUUUAAGGUUCUUUUGUUUUUAUACUAGGUACAGAUGUUUUACUUGUUAUAUGUAAGUUAAAACUUGUUUUUUUUUUUAAACUCAAUCUGGUUUAUAAACAUUCAAUUAAUGUUGAAUUUAUAAAUGGACCAGUCAAUUUGUGAUUUAGUCAUAGUAAUGUGCAGCUCUUGUCAAUUUGAAAUCUGAACAAUUAACUAAUGUUACCAAUAAUAACAAAUAAUCUCAUUUAAUUUAAUUUUCUGAUUGAGAUAUUAUCUUAGUGAGGGUUGCUUAAAUUUAGGUAGGUUCUAGGUAUGAUUUAUAAUAAUCUGGUAAGACAUUAAAUUACAAACCUUAUUAUUGUAUACAAUCUUUAUAAACUUAAAAUU